AAAGCACACAACGUUUUUCGUCAGUCCAGUUUGGAUUGUUUUGAUUUUAUAAAUCUCUCCGUGCGGAGUGCUCGGAAAUAAAAAUGGACGCCCCCGCGCCACUCCCCCUGAGGAAAAUGGAGUUAUCGGAUUGCGAACCUACCUUUAUCAAGAUUGGGGGGUUCACCAAGGAUUUACUCAAACAAGAGGAUGAAGAGUUGAGUGAAAAGGUGGAAAUUAAAGAGGAACUUUCUGUAAAAAAGGAGGAAAUAAUUCCAACCGAGCAGAUUAAACAAGAGUCCCCCCCACAGAUAAGCAUUCCCAUGGAGCCCCCUUUACCCCUCCCCAGCGACCUGCCCCCACCCCCACCGCAAGAUUUUAAUUCCUCCACCACCCCCAAAAUAAUGAUCUUCCGCCCGACCCUCGCGGAAUUCAGUGACUUCUCCAACUACAUAAAAUACAUGGAAUCCUGCGGUGCGCACAAAGCAGGGAUCGCAAAGGUCGUCCCCCCAAAAGAAUACGUCCCCAGGUUCGACGGGUAUGGGAACAUUGAUAACCUGCUUAUCCCCGCUCCGAUCUCUCAAGUCGUCACGGGGAAGCAGGGUUUGUAUCAACAGAUCAAUAUUCAGAAGAAACCCAUGACCGUGGGGGAGUUCAGGGAGUUUACGGAACAGGAGGGCAACUGCACCCCCCCACACUUCGACUUUGAAGACCUGGAACGUCGCUACUGGAAAAACAUAAUGUACAAGAACCCGAUUUACGGCGCGGACGUCAAUGGUUCGAUAACCGACAAAACCUGCAAGAUCUGGAACGUCAAUAAAUUAGGGUCGAUCCUGGACUACGUUGAAGAAGAUUAUGGCGUCGAGAUCUGUGGGGUGAACACGGCUUAUCUUUACUUUGGAGCGUGGAAGACGACUUUUUGUUGGCACACGGAGGACAUGGAGUUGUACUCGAUCAAUUAUUUGCACUUUGGGGCUCCGAAGACGUGGUACGCCAUCCCCCCUGAGCACGGUCGGCGGUUCGAAAGACUCGCCCAGAACUUCUUCCCCGAUCGGAUGAAGGAAUGUCCUGCGUUUCUUCGACACAAAAUGACCCUGAUCUCACCCCAGAUUUUGAAGUCGUAUUACAUCCCCACUGAUAAGAUAACCCAAGAAUCCGGAGAGUUCAUGAUAACCUUCCCGUUCGGCUACCACUGCGGCUUCAACCACGGUUACAACUGCGCCGAAUCCACGAAUUUCGCCACCCCCCGGUGGGUAGAGUACGGAAAACGUGCUUCAAACUGUAUCUGCCGCACGGACAUGGUUCGGAUCGACAUGGAAACUUUUGUGAAGAGGUUUCAACCGGAGAGGUACGAUUUGUGGAUGCAGGGGAAGGAUUGGGGGGCUCAUCCGGAGGAUCUGGGGGGGAGGAAGUGGGCUUGUGGGAAGUGCGUGGGGAAUAAUGGGGGUGGGGGGACGGGGGGGAGUAAGGGGAAGAAGAAGAAGGUGGAGGGGGGAGGGGAGUGUAGUUCUGGGGGGAGUUUAGGGGGACCGGGACAGAGGUUGAGGCAGGUGGUGAGUCAAGUUGGAGGGGAUGAACAAGAUGAGAGUGACGAUGGGGGGGAGGAGGAGGAUGGGUUUUAUGACGAUGAUGAUGAGGGGGGAGUUAUCAGUGGGGGGGAGGAACCAGCGAAGGGAACGUCCCCCCAGAAACGUCCCCACCACGACGACUUCAACGAUUCCUCCAGCUCAUCCUCAGACCCCGAUUUCAACCCCUACGCCGACGAAGAAGAGGACGGAAUCGUUCGAAAAAAGCGCAAGAUAUCGCGGAAUAAUAAACAGAGGAAGAGUUUCACUUGCAAUUUCGACAACGUUCCUUUGUUACCCGGGCAGAAGAAGAUGAAUGCUCCGAUUGAUAAGGUUGUUCAGGGGUUCGAGAGGAUCAUCGAGGGGAAGGGAACGGAGGGUGGAGGGGGAGUGGGGGGGAUUUUACUAACACCGCCGAGGUUCGAGUAUUGCCCCAGUUAUUUUGGCCACCCCCAAGUGACGACGACCCCCCCAACCACAGAAUCAUCCCCAGAAAAGAUCUCAUCCCCAUCACAAAAGCGCAACUCCUCCCAUUUAACCUCUGCAACACCCCCGAAGAAGAAGAGGAUCAAACCGGCGGUGACGUCACAACUACCGAUUAACAUCCUCCCGCACCCCACCACCUGCACACAACCCACCGUACAACCCCUGACCCUCCGCCCCACCUCCAUCGAGGACAUCGCCACCGCCAUCAUCCUCGCCAAUAUGAACAAGCGAAAUUAAUUAUUUACCCACCAUCUCGUAAAUAUCGUUAAAUAAAUCAAACAUAAUUAUUAUUCAA